AUGAUACAGAAAGAGUGUGUAAAUAUAUCAUUACCAGUAAUUGCAUUUCAUUUUGAUAAAAUUGUAGUUGCUGAAAGUGUUGUAUCUGUUUUGUGGAUGUCUUCUGAGAUAUCAGCAAGCAGUAAUAGUAGUGCUGAGUCUUUGUAUGAUAAUCGAUGGGCAAAUUUUACAAAAUUAGAAUUAUUAAAUGAAUCAAGUUGUAUGGAAGGUACUUCUGUAUACACACUUCGGUCUUUACAUAAUGAAAGUACUGAAAAUGAUAAUACAAUGGAAGAUUCUUACGAUCCUUUUUCUUAUUCACACACGCAAUCCUUCAAUGCUGGCAAAAUGGAAUCACCACAUGUAGAUGAUAUUAACAACAGUUCUAAUGAAACUACAAAUUCGAUUCAGCAAGAUAUUAAAGGAAUAAAUGACUCAAAGGAAAGUUACCAUACCACAUCAACUGACCAGUUAUCACACAAAGAAACAAAACAUAUAGAAGAUAUAUCAUCACAUCCGUGUUGUGCUUCACGUGUCUUACCACAAAAGGGUGAAAAUCUCGACAUUUUUCUUUAUAACGUUCUUGACCAACAACAUACACCUCAAUUAGCCGCUUCUAAGUCAGGAAUCAAUGAUUCUACUCAAAUUGAUACAGCAGAUACUUCUGACGACGAUACACAAAAGAAACAAGGAAAUGACACAGUAAAGAUUACACACAGUGAGUACUAUGUGUUGCGAAUGGAAAAUAAUCCGAAACCAAGUAUCGAACAGACAACGUCCGUAUAUUUAUACAAAUGCGCUGAUCCAUUUCAUGCAACAUAA